AUGGCCUCCUCCUACAAAGGAAGACUCCUACAACUCCCGUUCAUGUAUGGCCCUGCGAAAACAGAUUUGGAAUUGAUGUUACAACAGAAAUCAUCCUCAAGUUCUCAAACCGGUCGUUCGGAGCGUCCAUCAGACGAAAAUAAUUUAGUCAGCACUAGCCUUUCUCGUCUCCAAACCACAUAUGCAUCCGGUUACUUGAACCGCAAACAAGAUUACAUAGAAAGUUGCAACAAGCCCGACACGAUUCUAUUUUAA